AUGCGCUUAGAUUUAAUAUCUGACGAAGAUUCUUUGAAGAAACUUUCAAUUAAUCGAGGUUCCUUUGAAAAAAUAGAUGAUCAAGAUGAUUAUCGUCCAGAUUCUCCUGAACAAAAGAUAUGUGCUAGUAAUUCUAGCAAUUAUUCUUUACAAGAGUUUAGUAUUGGUUUUCAUAAAAAAAAGCAUAGAAAGUGCUUUAAUUUUUCCCCUAAAUUCCAUUCUUCCAAGCAUCUUUAUGGUAGAUCUCGUUCUGAUUCUUCCCAACAAGAAUGUACUAGUAGUUCUAGCAAUUAUUCCCAAGAGUCUGAUAAUGGUUCUCAUGAAGGAAAGCGGAGUGGUCCUACAUCUCUACAAAAAAGUGGUAACAAGCGUCAUAAGUCUUCCUCUCAUCAUAGCAUCCCAAAGUGGGACCAAAAUGCCCAGGCCAAGGUACCCCAAAGUGGGACCAAUUAUUAUAGUCCAAUGGCACCAUCAUCUGAAGAAUGUCAUCAUCAAAUUGAUGAACAAUUAUUUCGACAGAACAAACAAAUAUAUUUGAUAUUACUAAAGAAUAGCGACGAUAUAAAUGAGCUUAAAAAUGAACUCAAACAACAAAAAGCUAAACAAGAAAAUGAGUUCUUACCUCGAGCAUUGGAUCAUGAUUUUGAAAAAAAUGAUGCCCUAUCUCAAGAAUCCGUGAAAAUUAUUGCCGCAGAAGAAACAGGUGAAAAUGAAAAUAUAGAUACUACAAUCACAAUUGAAACCCAAGAGCAAACAAUCAUGGAAAAUAUAUUGAAUUCAAGAAAAAUUAAUGAUGAACUCUUUGGUGUUAAUUUUGAUUAA